AUGGGUGUAAAGGAAUUUCUGUCCUACUUCUUCACAGAUUUAAUCCUAGUACCAAAAGUUGAUGCAUACAAAGAAUGUGUCAGAGAAUACGGAGAGGGCCUGCUAGGGACUUACUUUGCAUUCCUUGAACCAAUAAAACAGACAGACUGGAUAGUGGGUGUGAAGAAAUGGGAGGUAAAGCAAGAAGAGUUCAUGGAAAAUCAUGGGACAGGAGGGGCACCUCCCACAGUGGCCUGGACCCUCCAACAACGAUAUUUAUUAAGAAAACACCCACUUCGCGGAGUGGGCGCUCUGGCGGCUCAGGCUGGAGGGCCCCACAGCGCGCGCUCCAUGGCUUCUGGAGGUGGUGUUCCUACUAAUGAGGAGCAGGCUACAGGGCUGGAGAGGGAGAUCAUGAUAGCCUCAGAGAAGGGACUGGAUCCAUACAAUAUGCUACCUCCGAAGGCAGCUUCGGGCACCAAAAAAGAUCCUAAUUUAGUCCUGUCCAUCAUCAACAAGCAGAUAGUGGGCUGCAUCUGUGAAGAGGAUAACUGUACCGUCAUCUGGUUUUGGCUGUACAAAGGCGAGACUCAGCGGUGCCCAAACUGUGGAACCCAUUAUAAGCUGGUGCCCCACCAACUGGCCCACUGA